AUGGGCUCAAUACUUUCACAUUUAAGUAAGGGAAAUGGAGUUGCAUCAAUGCCUGACUUAAACCUUGAUCUUGAAAAUGCUAUACCAACAGAAACAGAAUUAGCAUUAUAUCAACAUGUUUCGGCACUUUUGCAACCUACAGAUGUAUUAUUAGAUUCAUUAAGGCUAUAUGAAGGGUGUGGAGAUUUGAUUAAAAAAGCAAUAUCAAAUCCUACGCCUGAUAAUGAAGAAGAAGCAUGGCAAGCUAUACAACCUGCUGUUGCUAAAUUAAAGAAAUAUUUUGAAUAUUCUACUUUACUUGAUGCACUUCCAGAAUUAUUAAGCGCUUUAUGUGAUGGAAAUGCUUUAAAUAAUAUUGAACAACAACAAGCACUUACCAAGUUAUUAGCAAAUAUACUAGAUUUUGCUUUUGAAUUCGAUUCCUUGAAGGUGAGAACACCAUCAAUUCAAAAUGAUUUCUCUUAUUAUAGAAGAACACUUAGUAGAGGAAAACUUGUAAAUGAAGUUAGUAGAUCUAAAGACAGCUAUGAUUGA